AUCAACGCAAACCGACGAAUCCGACUCGAUGUAAACAAACGUGGGAUGGAUAUUUGUGUGGCAUACUUGAUUGCUUUUCGCAGUUGCCUUUGUUCGCAUGACGGCUAAUUACGUUUUGAUUCCGAGCCCCUGUGGUGUCGUCACUGUUUCUCGGCAUUUCUAAGCUCACUCGGAAGAGGCUGGAAAAACCGACUGCUGCGAUGAGCCGAGAGCAGCAGCAACUCGUAUCCGUCAUACGAGGAGUGCACGAGAAGUUGCGCUUCGACUACCAAUCAACUGGUGACGAAGAGAGAGUCUGGGAGAGCCACUGUCGGGAUGCGGAGUUGCGAAAGCGCUACGCCGACAGCAUGUUGAGACUAGCCACCACCAUCUGGCCGUUCAGGGACAGGAUCGAGUGGUGUCAUCAAACCCUGAGGAGCUACUUCUACGAGGGUGGCCUCAAGAGGGCCUUGCGGUCCCUGCCGUCCUUCGAUCAGAACGCAGAGUCUGCCAUGGAACACGCCCUCAGACUGCUGCAACUGCCACCCGGAGGCAAAGUUCGUCUGCUGGACGUGGGGAGCUGCUAUGACCCUUUCAGGUGUUAUGAAGACAUUGAAGCCGUUGCCGUCGACCUCACGCCCGCACGCGAGGGAGUGCUUGAGUGCGACUUCCUGAAACUGAGGGUCACGGACCCCUCCGGCGGGCGGUGGUCCCCCUACGUGCUGACCAAUCCGCUGGUCGAGCUCCCCGCGGCCAGCUUCCAGGCAGUGGUGAUGUGCAUGGUCCUGGAGUACUUGCCGAGCUGCCUCCAGCGCUGGACUUUCUGCCGGAAGGCGGCCGCCCUCCUCAGGCCCUACGGCCUCCUCCUGGUGGUCACCCCGGACUCUAAGCACCAGCAGAGGAAUGCGGCCAUGGUGGCCAGCUGGAGGGAGGCCCUGGGCAACCUGGGGCUCCCCAAGCUGCGCUACGAGAAGCGGCAACACCUGCACUGCAUGGCCUUCUACCGAUGCGGACCCACGCGGGAACUUUCGGAGAACGAGGAGGCUGCGGAGGCGCGCAAGAUGUACAUCCCGCAGGACUCAAGGGACUAUGUGGCCCUCUUCAGCAGGGUGGCGGUCGAGGAGAGGGAUGAGGCGGGGGACGUGGCGCUCGGCGAGGGCUUCUUGGAGCUUCCGGACUGUGUAGAUCUGUAGUCGCGGCACGGAUCUACCAAUGCGUAGUGACGAAAAUUCAUUGGACAAAUAUCGUUCAUCUUGGCCGUCAGCGCCACAAACGGUUUCAGAGUAACCGAAUGGCCCGUUCAGACACUCCCGUUUGCUUAGGACCGCAUCCUUGCGACCUUAUAUGACGAGAGAACAUGCUGGCACCAUCUGCAAGGUGACUGUAUUUCACUAGAGACAAAGUUUUACACUAUCGAAUCCACAUACUAUCCCUAGUCGUUUAUAACAUUGUCAAAAAAUUUUCAAGGAAAAAAAAAAAGACUUGCACAAAAAAAAAAAUUAGAAAUAGGAUGUGUUCAGCACGCUCAUAGUGGUGUCACACUUUUUUUUUUUUUUUCAAUUGAAUUUUUUCACGGGGUAGAGAAAUGUUUUCAGACAACGAUAAAAACCUUACUUUUGCGAGAAACUUUCUUGUAUGUAUUUGCGAGAAAAAAUUGCACGUAAGAUGAGGUUGAAAAUGGGACUUUCCCAAUUGCGCAUUGAUGCAAAUUUGAAGGCACCUGGAAUAAAAAAUACAACCGUCAA